AUGGUGGGGUGUUGGGGGGGGGUGUGGGUUUUAGAGUGGGUGGAUGGGUUUAGGGGGGGGGGGGGGGGGGUAUGUGGGGGGGGGGUGGGGUUUAUUGGUGGGGGGGGGGGAUGUGGUAUGGGGGGGGGUGGGGGGGUGGUGUGGGGGGGGGUGGGUGGGGUUGGGGUUGGGGGGUGGAUUGGGGGUGGGGGGUAUGGAUGGUGGGGGGGGGUUGUGGUAGGUGGUCUUGUGGUAGGGGGGGGUGUUCCAGGAUAUUCUCUGGAGGGGGUGAUGGCACUCGGGACACAGAUAUUAUUUUAUUGGGGGAGUGAUGGUGGGGGAAGGUAUGGGGAGGCUGCGGGGGAUAGGGGGGGGGAUUUUGGUGGGGGGGUGGAUGUGGGGGGGUAG